UCAGUUUCAGGAGUCCUGAGCCUGAGCCUGAAACAAAAGCAGGAGGCUGGAAAGGGGCUCUCCGGAGUUUGCCGAGGCACAGCGCGAAGGGGGUGGCUGCCCGGCUUGGCAAAGGCGACGCGAAACUGGGCUGUGCCUUCCGCCGCCAGCCUUGCGCCGCGCAAAGCCCCCUUUUUGGAGGGCAUCUGACUAGCGAGUGGGGCUGGCUGGGGGAAAGUUUGCUAGGCUCCAUUCCUCCCUUCCCUUCUAAAUCGAGGCAUAUUUUUUGCCACAGGAAGGAUUAAACGGCAGCUUUCCAAGCGCUGAUCGCCCCCCAGCGCGGCUCUGUUGGCCACAACAAAAGCGAAAGGCAAGGACCUGGCUGGGACAGAAACAAGACAAGCAGAAAACCAAAAACCGGCAAGCCCGAUCCCGACCGCCUUGAUCCCGGCCAAGUGCGCCAAGGCGAAGAAGAGGGCUUUUCUUGCCUCUGGAGCCGGGAGCCUCCUUGCACGAAGAAUUCCAAGGGGUUUUCUUUUCUUUUUAUCAAGGAAGGGUUUGGAGGCUUCGUCAAAGGAUAAUAUUAUUUUUUAACAAAAAUCCAGAGAAGAAAGGCAAGGAAGGAAGCCAAACAAGGCAGUUGGUUCUUCCCUAAGAAGCGCGCCGCCGAAAGAGCAAGAGCAGGGGAAAGGAAGGGGCAGCCGCCCGCGCCUAGCCUUGGCGAUGGAUGAUCAGCCCAGGUUGAUGCAUUCCCACGCCGGGGUGGGGAUGGCCGGGCACCCCGGCUUGUCCCAACACAUGCAGGACGGAGCCGCCGGCACAGAAGCCGAGGGCGGCCGAAAGCAAGACAUUGGGGACAUUUUACAGCAGAUCAUGACCAUCACCGAUCAGAGUUUGGACGAGGCGCAGGCCAGAAAACAUGCUUUAAACUGUCACAGAAUGAAGCCAGCACUUUUUAAUGUUUUGUGUGAAAUCAAAGAAAAAACAGUGUUGAGUAUUCGAGGGGCUCAGGAGGAGGAACCAACAGACCCACAGCUAAUGCGACUGGACAACAUGCUCUUAGCAGAAGGUGUAGCAGGACCUGAAAAAGGAGGAGGCUCGGCAGCUGCAGCUGCAGCAGCAGCAGCAUCCGGAGGUGCUGGCUCAGACAAUUCUGUGGAGCAUUCUGACUACAGAGCAAAACUCUCUCAGAUUCGACAGAUCUACCACACUGAAUUGGAGAAAUAUGAACAGUUGUCCCAGGCAUGCAACGAGUUCACCACCCAUGUCAUGAAUCUCCUGCGGGAGCAGAGCAGGACACGGCCCAUCUCACCCAAGGAGAUAGAGAGGAUGGUCAGCAUCAUCCAUCGCAAGUUCAGCUCCAUCCAGAUGCAACUCAAACAGAGCACGUGUGAAGCUGUCAUGAUCCUGCGCUCCCGAUUUCUCGAUGCACGGCGGAAGAGAAGAAAUUUCAACAAGCAGGCUACAGAAAUUCUCAAUGAGUAUUUCUAUUCUCACCUCAGCAACCCUUACCCCAGUGAGGAAGCCAAAGAGGAACUAGCCAAGAAAUGUGGCAUCACGGUCUCACAGGUAUCAAACUGGUUUGGAAAUAAGCGAAUCCGGUACAAGAAGAACAUAGGUAAAUUUCAAGAGGAAGCCAAUAUUUAUGCUGCCAAAACGGCUGUCACUGCUACAAAUGUGUCAGCCCAUGGAAGCCAAGCUAACUCACCCUCAACUCCCAAUUCAGCUGGUUCUUCCAGUUCUUUUAACAUGUCAAACUCUGGAGAUUUGUUCAUGAGCGUGCAGUCACUCAAUGGGGAUUCUUACCAAGGGGCCCAGGUUGGAGCCAACGUGCAGUCACAGGUGGAUACCCUUCGCCAUGUUAUCAGCCAGACAGGAGGAUACAGUGACGGGCUCGCAGCGAGUCAGAUGUAUAGUCCGCAGGGCAUCAGUUGCAAGUAUAUAAACAGCAAACGCCAAGUGUUUGGAUUCCCCAACUGAGGCCAACUUCACUGGUGUGUCGGUCAGGCUAAUGGAGGUUGGCAAGAUGCUACAACUCCUUCGUCAGUGACCUCCCCCACAGAAGGCCCUGGCAGCGUCCACUCUGAUACCUCCAACUGAUCUCCCAGCAACCCAGCAUCCCUGGCUGCCUCCUACCCUGCACCAGGCAGAGAUGGGGGCUGAGAGGGGAGGGGUUUUCUCUCCUAAUGUUGAAGCCGUCGGGCUGGAUCCAGAGCCGACCGGCAAACUCAAGAGUCUCCUUCUCUUCUCUCUGCUGGGAUGCUUUUUCAGCCAAUCUGGACAGUUCUUUAUACUCUCUUCCCUUUCUUUUCUGGGUAGAAGCCACCUCUCCUUUCACCACCGCCAUCACCCAUCCUCUCAUAGCUGAAUAUUUUUCAAUCUGAAGAAAAACAAAACGGCUUCUAAAAGUAUUUGUACAUUUUCAUGUUGUUGUUUGUUUUCUUUUGAGGAGUCAGUCUUUACCUCACUCCAGUCUAUCCAGGCACUCACCUCCUUCUGUUUCUCUGGUGUCUGUCACUACCUCUUUGCAGCAGUACCUAAGGCCUCCUCCUGGCCUUUGGGUGCCACUCUUCUUUUUCUUCCUCCAAGUAAGGGCAAUUGUCUGUUCCUCUUAAGGCCCUGAACCUGGGUGAGUUUCCUCCAGGAUAUUCCCUGUUACAGGCUGGAUAAAUGCAAUUCCGGUGCUGCAAGGUAUGACUGCAGCAUGCCACGUUGCAAUCAAGAAGACCAGGAGAAUGCUAGCCAAUCUUCUCCUUGCUGUCCUGUUGUGCCUUGGAUCAUACCCCAGCCAUGCCUCCUGCCACUUCUCACAGCCACUAUUUCACAGUCUCCCAUAGACCUAUAAUCAGGCCUGCGUGUACUUUAGCACCAUGAAAUGUACAUUUGGUGCUUAGAAUAAAGUAAUACAAAUGCAGUAAAUCUGGACAGUAUACUACCUUUGCAUAAUUUAUCCUGGUUCUAAUAUUCAAGCUUUAAAGGUUUAGAAAAGUGCUUGCCAUUUAUUUUGGCAGCCGGGUAGGAAAUCCAGUGAGAUUAAGGAAAAGGUAAACUACUUAGAGGCAGAGAGAUGAAGGCAGCUAGAGCCUCAGUGUUUUACCCCAUGAUUAUGUGUCUUCUUCAAGCACAUUACCCACAUGUUUUCAAGUCAUUGUCCACAAUCAUGAAACUUCCAAAAAAUAAAGCAGAAUUCCUCAGGAUGCUCUGGGCAAGAUAUCCAACUGCACAGUGAAACUGCAAACAUGGCAAAAUACCCACAGCCCUGAUUACAGUUUUUUCUUAUCAAUAUCUAUUGGACCAAUAGCGGGGGGGGGGACUAGAGCUAUGCUUUUGGGAGAUUAAUGAUACCAAGCUGCUGGUAUGCACACACAACCAGUGAGGAAUUGGGUCUAUGUGGCUCAUGUGGCUUGCUACAAACUUCUGUGUGGAUCCUUGAUAAAAUUGCGAUUGUUGCCUUGAUUUUGAAAAAGAAAAUUACAGUUUGACCCAUCACCCUGGGAGGAGAUUUGUUUUUCUGGAGGGAAAAGGCUGUAUAAGGAAAGGAUGGAGGAACAGUUCUGGCCCACAGACUGGACCUAUGGAAACUCUUCAGAGCAAACGGGGGCUCUCUGACAAGUGGAGUGGCUACUGAAAAAGACAUUUGCCCGGUGGCUUAAAUUACCACCUGUGCUCAGAGGCAGUGGCCCCACAUGGCAAAAAGAGCUGGUUACCUAAAGUGGCAAAUUUUGGGUAUAAUUAAGGAUGGCAGAGAGGAAGACAGGUCUCCUUUCAGUGAGGCUUGCCUAGGAGAACUUCCCAGUAGAUUGUACCGCAUAUUAAUCAGUAAGGGGUGGUACUGUUCAGCUUUACUGCCUCAGGUACCCAGAUGCCUUAGGCCAGGCUUGCAUUUGAUAGUAAAGAGGUUGUAAAAAAUAUGUCCCAGGUGAUCCUUAACAGUUCUAGAGGAAAAAAUGGGAUACAAACUAAGCCCAGCUGUGAGCUAUUAGUUGCAAUUUACAGAGAUAAGAAGUGUCCAGACCUCAUGAACCGUAUCCACUGAUCCAAUGUCUAUUGCCUUUUGACAGCAUUUCUUAGCAAAGUAGAGGGGUUGGAUUGUAGUUCUGGGGGUUUCUAAGGAUGCUUACUCUAAAUUACUCAGCACUGAUUAUCACUACUUUUCAGCUUUCCUGCUUACAAUCAGGUGAUUAAAGGGUGGGAUUUCCCCACCUUUUCAUCACAAAUAUGUGUUUGUGAAGUGGAGUGCAAUCCAUGUUAAUGAUUAUUAUGAGUACAGAACUUCAGGGUGAUAAAUAGCCUGGAUUGAUCAAUACAGCUGCACAAACUUAUGGUUGUGGCAUUAAUUGUUAGUCAGCAGUUGUCAGCCCACUUAAUUGACAUUAACUGCACACAACACAAAUGGAAUUGUGCUAAAGCAGCUAAAGUCCAGUUGAGUUCCUAAGGAAUGAUGUAGACAAACUCUUUCCUUACAGCCAGGCAACUUCUCAGAGAUGCUGGCAGGGGCUGCAGAAAGGACUCUGCUCCACUUCUGUCACUGUUAUGUAAUUUCUGAAAUUUGUCUUCUCAGCAGCUUCUGUAUCAGUGGUGGGUCCAUGCCACCUCAUAUGAAGCUGCCUCUAUCUCUGUGGUCAUCUGGAUGCAUUUGAAAUGAAAACUAAAUGAGUCUAAAGUACUGCAGUUUGUCCACAAAGUGGUUGCUACUUGUUGGGAUGUGUGAAUGCUUGUGAGAACACUCUUUGAAUAUCUUAAUGCAAUUAGAAAGUUGCAAUUCAUUGCAUGGUGUGGUCCUUAAGGUUUGCUCUUAGCAGUAUUCACAUGGACCACUGUAUCCUGAACUGCAAUGUAUGAACAAGAGCCACAAUCCACUGGAAGUAAAUCUUACUCAAGCCCCAUUUAAAUAUGUGGGUGAUGUUCAUUAGUGUGGUCAGACAAUCCUCAGACAAGGAUCUGAAUGGUAGAAUUUCAGUUGCAUGGCAGUACAGACCAUAAUUUUUUGAGAAAAAUUAGAUGGAGCUGCAUUUAUCUGCCUGUAACAAUGCACCUUCCUCUUUCUGGUCCGUCUUGGUAUGGUACUAACUCCUAACGGUACACACACUGGUAAUGGUUCUUCUCAUAUCCAAAUUUACUAUUUUUUAUUAUUAUUAUUAUUAUAUUAAUGAUUAUUAUUGAUUAUUUUUAUUAACUGUGAGUUGCCUUUUCUCAUACACUUUUGCUUCUUUAUUUUCUGCCCAGAAAAACCCGACUUCGAUACCAAAAACAAAAAAAAUUUAAAAACUGCAGAAACUAAAAAAAACUUUAAAAAACCCUAAAAAUUUAAAAAAUUCAAUUCUUUCAGCUUUAUUAACAUUUUCCAUUGUUUCUUGCGAUUUGUGUCUCGUUCUUUGUAGUAAUGAUGAUAAUGAACAUUUGAUAAUGAAUGUUCUUGUAUAUUCAGAUAAAGAAAAAAAACCAAAAAAGCAGUCUGAAUUUAAUAGUGUUUAUAAUAAAAAAUAAAACGUUACCCUCAUAGCACGCAUCAAAGGGCAGGCUGUCUCCACCCUGUCCUUUCUGUGGCAAAAGGCGCUUCAUACCUGUAUAGUUUUUAACACCAAACUACCUACAUUCACCUUUCUUUUGUUUCCUUUAUUUUUUAAUUUUCAUGCAUUUGUGAAUUAGUUCAAGAAUGCUAGAAAAGUGUAGAGUUGUGCACAUUCAUUUCCUGUUACACAAUGUUGAAAGAAAAGUGACAGUAAUUCAUUUUGUAAAACUUUUAAAAAUGGUUGGAAUAGUGAGCAUAAUAGGUACACCUAAUACUUUAUGUUUACUAACUUUGAGAGCCAGAAAUUACAUUUUCUUUUUUGUUUUUCAUUCUAUGAAGAGGACUUUUGUUUUUGGGUCCAAUCCAUGGGAAGUCUCCAGUUCAAGCCCUUCUGAAAUGAGGCAGCUGUGCAACAUCAUCUUCUGUUCAUUUCCGUGGGGCUCACACCGGAGGCUGGGCUUUUCUUUAUUUUAAUUGUCAGACUAUGGCCUUGAGGAGAAAAAGCAAACAAAACCUUCCCCUGCCUCUUCACUCCGUAAUCCUUUGCACUAUGUUCAAAGUGAUGUGAAAAGCUUCAUUGGUAAAAAAGAAUCUUGAAAGAAUUAUUGUGUGAUUUGUGCGUUUAAUAAAAUGAAUAAUAAUACUUCACUAAUCAGGAGAUCAUGUCAGACAAAGGCUAAAGCCAAGAACUACAGAAAUGAACAUGGACUCUGAAACAUGGGACUUAAGCAAAACAUGUCAGAAGGUGCCUGAAAUUCACUUGGCCUCAGUCCUGAAACCACUUGUUUAAGCUAGAUGUGGGUUUAAAAAAAAAAAAAAAACAUGUUUGAGGACUCUGGCAUGAGUCUCCCAAAUGGGAAUGGGAAUUCAGUAGCCUUGGAAAAUCCAAUCCUCGGUCCGCAGAUGGUUUUCUUGAAGGGCCUCUGAGAGACAAGUGAAGGCCAGCGAGCCAACAUCUCAACCCUCCAUCCUGUGAAAGGACUUUUGUGACUGCCUCCCUGCAGAACCUUGGCCAUGCCUCUCAAAAGCUACUUUACAUUUUUGCUGUAUGAAACUUGGUAGUAUUGUAUGAAAGUGAUUCUUUUUAUUCAUACCUGGCAACUUUAAACAUUCGUAGAUUUAGGCCUCUUUUGCCAUGCUCCAACUGCCAGACAGGUAUGAGAUCAUUUGACUCGGCACAACUGAGCCCUUAUACCUGUACAAUGUGGGGGCUUAGUUCUGGGAUAUAUAAAUAAUACAAGAUAUAAGAAUGCCUCUCCAUGUGCCUUUCUCUCACCUUUGAGUAACCUCAUCUAGGAUUUAGGGGGCAGGGCAUUCUAGAAUAGGGGUUUCUGAACAAACAGCCCCAGUACACAUUUUUAAAGCAUUAACCAAAGUUGCUGAGCAGUAAAGAGCUACAGAUAGUCACCCUGUCUCUACAUUUACCCCAUCAGGGUGGGCAGUGGUAGACAAAUAUGUCAGCAGUUGCUAGGCAACUAGUACUUCCUUUCCUUGGAUUCCUUGGAAAUAUUUCUGCCCUCAAAACACUGAUCCUUGGGUACAUCCAAGGUUGAAAUGCUCAUAAAAUUAGGUUAUAUAUUUUGAAAGAUUAUCUAGUCAGACCCAGUUCCUAAAUGUACACUACAAGGAAGGACUGAUAUUCUAGUCUCACAAAUGUUUUGAGAAGAAACAACAAAUCUAGUGUUCUGUUGCAUUCUGUCGUCUGUUUAAGUGCUGGUUUUUAAUUUUUUCCUUAGAGGUACUAGUUUACCCUAAUUCAAAGAUGAGCACUUUCCAGGAGUAAUAAUAAAUCUACUAUUUCCUGAGGUGUCCUGGCAAUUCAGUGUUUGCAAUAGGGUUGCCAACUGUCCCUCAUUACACAGGAUGUCCCUCAUUUCAGGGAUGAAAUGUUGGUCCCUAAAGGGACAGCAUUUGUCCCUCAUUUAUUCAAUAGCAUAUAAUUCACUUAUAGGUAAAGUGUGCCGUCAAGUCGAUUUUGACUCCUGGCAUCCACAGAGCCCCAUGGUUGGUAGAAUACAGGAGAAUUCAGCAUCUUCCUAUAUCGCCACUGCCCGAUAUAGUACCAGCGGGUAUUCAAACCAGCAAUCUUCUGCUUGUUAGUCAAGCAUUUCCCCACUGCGUCUUACAUAUACGUCAGUGAUACUCAGGCUCUUGAUUACCACUGCAUACACCUUCCAGCCCCCUAGCCAGCCCCCACAAACUUGUGUCCCUCAUUCUGGAACUUGUGUCCCUCAUUCUGGCAAUGAAAUGUUGGCAACCCUAGCUUGCAAGCUUAUCUUGAUUGCCAGCAAAGAAAUCCCUGAUGAGGAAAUGAAGACUUUGUGGAACAUAGAUGACCCCAGCUACUUUAUUUUAUGACUUUACUGAGCUGAAAAGGGUGUGUGUGGUGGUUGUGCCCCUUGAAAAGAAUCACCUCUUUCAGCAAGGGGUGUGGGGGUGGGGGUUUCCAAAUCAUGCAAAAAAUUCACUGGAGUGUGUCCCAUUGCCAAAGCAACCAGACCAGUACACCCCAUUUUGCUGCACCACAGCACUAAAGACACCACAGUGCAACAAAAUAAGGAAUAUUAGCCCAAUUGUUGUACAGAGUGAAGGCAAAGCAGAUGGUUUCAUUUGGCCCCACUGACAUUGUAACAGAGCCAGAUCUGAUUGGCUACAUGGUGCCUUGAUGUCAAAACAUUCACAGUGUGAUCCUUCAUUGGCUAGGGUUAUGACCUGAAGAAUUAAGCAGCCACAAAAUCUCCAAAACUGGGGAAAUAAUGGGUGGAAAGCGGUGUGAAAAAUGCACAAAAGAUGGAAUUACAUAGGGUAUUUCCAUGUUCUAUCGACCCCUCUUGAAAACACACUUUUGCUCACCAAAAGUUCACAAGCAACAUUUCAGCCCAGCUCUCUUUAAAGCCACUCAGCAUUUAGAUCCACCCAAGACCUGGUUGUCUCCAAUCAUACAAUGAGGUGCGCUUUGUAGGGCUGUCUUUUGGUCAGUUUUGGCUCACUACAUUACAAGGAGGCAUAGCUAGACAUGGAGCUACUCUCUUGUCUUAGAAGUGCUAGCAGGCAUGUUCUAACUAAAAGGCUACAAAAACCUACAGAGCAGCAUAGACCUAGCAAUUUAACUCCAGUGGAUUUGCAGAAAUGAGCUUACAUAUGGAGGGCAAAUUGUAUGUUCAACAGAACAAUGGUAGUCUAAGUCACACUUCUUUAUUUAUAGAUUUACAGUAACCUAUGUUGCUGUACCUGUAAAACUCUGUGGGCCUCUUUGGCUAUGACUUUCCUACCAGGGAGAAAUCUCCACUCACUCAUGACCAUGGGGAGUGCGGCUAGAAUUAACAGUGACUGCCAAGUCCCACACACUCCCAUGAAGCGUAGCAAGAGAAACCCAGAAUUUCUGGGCAAUUCCAGUCCAACUGCUGUAGUUAAACAGUAUUUAACAAGCACCUGAUCCUUGUUAGCAAUCUCGAUAGCUCUUUAAGUGCAGACCCCAUAGUUGUGAAGACAUGGCCUGUGUAUUAGGGAUGUGCACGGAACCGCGGCUGGGCAGUUCGGAAGCAGCAGGGGUGGCGCUUUAAGGGUGGGGGGAGGGUGCACUUACCUCUCCCGCUGCUUUCCCCCCACUGGGGUUAUUUUUUUCAUAAAAACCUUUGGGACAGCAGCGUACCUCCCUGCCACCCCGUUGCCCUCCUCGGCCAGAAGUGGCUGGACGUACCAGGCAUGGAUGCACCCAUUGCAUGAGCGCAUGCAUGCACAUCAGAUGGGCAUACACGCACACACGAUGUGCACACGCGCAGCCUGUGUUUCCGGACACUUCUGACCGAGGAGGGCAAUGGGGAGGCAGGGAGGUACGCUGCUGCCCCAAAGGUUUUUAUGGAAAAAUAACGCUGGUGAGGGGCAAGUGCACCCUCCCUUGCCCUUAAAGCACCACCCCGCGGGGCCUUCAAACUUCGAACCGGCCCCAUCUUUGAACCUCUUUGGAGUCCCGUAAAAGGGCCUUCGAACAGGUUCGUGCACAUCCCUACACUGUAUGAGUCUCAGGAAUGCACUCUACACUUUGCAAAAAUAAAAUAGUGCUCAUCCAAGAUAACCUGUGUGUAUCCAAAUGUUACAUUUUCCCAGCUGACCCUGACACUGAAACCCCCAUUCCUUUGGGGGCUGCACGAUGGAGUCAAGUUAUAGUGUAUUCAGAUAAAUGUGGAAUAGGCAUUUAUCAGACAUUACUUUCUCCUGAGGCCAGACAGAAAGCCAAGUCCUGGUAUCAUUGGCACAUGCAGGAAUUUGCAGGACAGGGCUUGUUUUGGGAAGACAGUUGGGAAGUUGGGAAAACACAUCAAACCCAGGUGCUGUAAAAUAGCCCACUUUUUAAUUGGCAAGUUAUUCUGAACUUUUCACAUCACUCUUUGCAUCAGCCUCCUUCCCCCGCAAGCAACUCCCUCCCCCCAAAGCUUCUUUUAAGAGUUUUUAUUGUUGUUGUUAUCAAAGAUAUAUUACAACAUGCAUUGUUUGUUCUUGUUACAAGCCCUUUUCCACCCCACUGGGUUCUGAAUUCUUUUGUCUUUCUUUUGUUUCCUAUGAUUCCCAAUCUGCACUCUAGAAAGGCUUUUCUUUGACUUACAUUAAGCUUUUCUGCUCCUUUACAGACAAAGGCCUGUGUCUUUUUGAUUCCCACUGAAACCUUUCUGUUCUAUAAUAAUACUAACAAGAUGUAGGUUUUACAGUCUCUUGAUUUGUACUGGUAAUGCAUAUUCCAAAUAAAUAGUUUCUUUUGUUGCAAAAAAUAAAUAAAUAAGGCGUGUUCCUU